AUGAUUGAGACAGUAGUUGGCAGCACUGGGGACUUUACGGAUGGACAAAUACAAGAAGUGGACGUUGGAGACAAGAAAGUGUUGCUAGUCAAGGAAGAUGGCCAGUUUUUUGCAGUGUCAAGCAAAUGUACUCAUUACGGGGCUCCUCUUGCUAAAGGUGCCUAUUGUAAAGGAGUUGUGAGGUGCCCUUGGCAUGGGGCUUGCUUUGAUGUGAAAACAGGAGAUAUUGAGGACUAUCCUGGGCUUGACAGUCUGCAUAAAUUUCAGGUGGAGGUCAGAGAUGGGAAAGUGGUGGUGAAAGCCGACCCUGCAGCCCUGGAGGCCGGGAAGAGAGUCAAGUCGAUGGUGAAGAAAUCUGCUGACAACAAGAAGACGGUGGUUCUAGUUGGUGGAGGUCCGGCAACUGUUGUUUGUGCAGAGACUCUGAGACAGGAAGGAUACACGGGCAGGAUAAUAAUAGUAUCCCAAGAGGAGUAUCUGCCAUAUGAUAGAAUCAAACUCAGCAAGGCCCUGAACAUCAAGCCAGGGGAGAUCACUCUGAGAAGUCAGGAGUUUUAUGAUCAGAAUGGAAUAGAACUGUUGCUUGGCAAACAGGUGACAAAGUUGGAGGCUGGUGAGAAGAAAAUUGUCCUGGAAGACGGACAGAGCGUCAGCUACGACACACUAGUCUUGGCUACAGGAGGAAAACCCCGCAUCCUUCCAGUCCCUGGUUCAGAUCUGAAGAAUGUCUACAUGCUGCGCACCCCAAAAGAUGCCAAUGCAAUUGCAGAGAACUCACAGGGAAAGAAUGUUGUCAUCAUAGGAUCAUCUUUCAUCGGCAUGGAGGUGACAGCAUUCCUUGCUGAUAAAGCUGCAAGUGUUUCUGUAGUGGAUUUGGUUCAAGUACCAUUUCAGUUGACCUUGGGAAGCCAAAUUGGCAAAUACAUGCAGAAGCUUCAUGAGGAGAAAGGGGUUCGGUUCCACUUUGAGACCAGUGUGAAAGAGCUGACUGGUGAGGGAGGCUACCUGACACAAGCUGAGCUUGCCAAUGGGACCAUUUUGCCAGCCGAUGUGUGCGUCAUGGGUGUCGGUGUUGUGCCAGCAACAGAUUUCCUGAAGGACUCAGGUCUAAACCUGACAUCUCGCGGCUUUGUUUCAGUCAAUAAGCGGAUGCAAACGAACCUGCCAGAUGUGUAUGCAGCCGGGGACAUUGUGGAGUUUCCUCUGUACACGGUGGAUGACCAGAGUGUCAACAUCCAACAUUGGCAGAUGGCACAUCAGCACGGAAGAAUCGCUGGACUGAAUAUUGCAGGCAAGGCCCAAGACAUUCAUAGUGUUCCUUACUUCUGGACAAUGCAGUAUGGGAAAAGUGUCAGAUACACUGGUUAUGGCCCAGGUUACGAUGACAUUGUCUUACAUGGGGACUUGAAUGAAAACAAGUUUGUUGCAUAUUAUACCAAAAAUGACAAAGUGGUUGCCGUAGCCAGCCUAGGGUGGGAUCCUAUCGUAUCACAAGCUGCUGAACUCAUGUGUAAAGGUGGAACUAUUUCUAAAGAUGAAAUCAAAUCUGACCCAGUUGGCUGGGUCUCCAGGCUGGGGUCAGUGUGA